CAUUUUGCUCUUCAGCGGAUUAUUGGCAGUACUCGCAUUUUCACUUCCAUUUAACGUCUCAAUACUCCACAAGACGAAUCCUACCAUCAGCGUUUAUCUUUACAAUCUCAUCCGAUAGGAACCAUCCCUAAAUCGUCACCACCCGCACGAAUUGCCCUGCACAAUUCUUGCGACUCCACCUUCAACCACAUCCCAUAAAAAAUGUGCCAGACAUAAAAUCACACUCAAUGGAUCCUCCGCCACGGCCGUCGAUGGAUCGCUUCCGGAUCCGCGUUGCAGUCUUUUCUCCGGAAGAGGCUCAUAAUCUGGAGGCAGUCCCGAAACAUACUUUCGUCAUUGCGAGGAGCCAGGAAUUCCCUCUCCAAGAUCUCCCCCUCCGGGAACUGCGUGACGUUGCGAUAAGAAGAUACAAGGACAUAUACCCCCAGGAGUCGCUGUUCCAAAUCGCCCAGUCUACAGAUGCCUAUGGCGCCGACCUAUACCUCAACGAUCGCGUGGGCGACAUAUUCGCGGAUAAUGAAGUCUUGAGAGUGAUCAAGGGCUCAUCUAUCAGAGACUCCCUGCCCCCAGACUACGUGAAUGGGAGAGCCGGCACUGUCCAGCCCAGCUAUCCACUACAGCGAAAGCGAUCCCCCGCCACCUCGAAUCUCGGAGACAAUUCGAGGGCUGGCAAGAGGCAGAAGGUUUACAGGCCAGACGAUCCACUCCCGUCACGCGAGCGCGACCCAUCCGACUCCGAGGCAGAGAUUGUACCGCCAGAAGAUAUACCCAUUGACGAGGUCAUCCCCGACUCUCAGGUAAACGAGAUCGAAGAUGGCGGUAGGCAUAUCAAGCAGGAGAAGCCCUCCCAAACAAGCCGACCAAGUUAUAACCAACCAUCUCCAGUCCUAGGCGGAGACGAUGAGGAAGUCGUUAUUUCAGACUCUCAGGGGAAAGAAACUUCGGGGCGAAAUACCACCCGCCAGACCCGUCAAUCACUUCGAAAUACCACCGAAGCCCGGGAAGAUCUUCAAAUAGCUGCUAAAACUACCCCAAAACCGAACAAUGGCGCAGCUCACCGUCCGUCGAAUAAAGGGCGCGAGCGGUCUGAUGACAUCUCGGAUUUCGAAGAGCAUACGUCUAUCACACCGGCCAUCACGCCGUCCCGAGGAAUCUCAGAUACUUAUAGUGGUUUCGAGACCGACAUCGAACAGCCUUCCAGUUUCCUCAGGCAACGUGGUGGUGUUACUCCCCUGGGCAAAAGCAAGAAGGCCUCACCGAUCUCUACAAAGCCGAAACUAGUACAAUAUAGAGGGGCAGCAACCAGGAGCAAAGCUAGAAGCAGUUCAAACAACUCAACACCUAAAGCAAUUGCAACAUCCGCUCCUCCAAUCACUCCUCGUUCGGCAAGUAUGGCUAAUGGUGGCCCUAUACUGCCAGGUAUGACUCCUCAGGACGACAGUGCUUCAGCCGACAACGGCGAUGACAAGAGUGACGGGGGUGUGGACGCAAAAGCCGAAGAGACUGCACAAGAGGUUUCAAGGCUCACAUCUGAAUCGGCGGGAAAGAAACGCGCCGCGGAACUAGAACAAGAGAGUCAUCGCACAGUUCAAUCCGAAAAGAGACCAGAAGCAGCAAUGGAUCAGGCUCGGAUUGAAAGAGAGGCAGCCAAGAAGAAGAGUGCUGCGAUAGCCAUUGCCACGGCAAAGAUUAAGACAGCUGCUAAGAGAAGGAAAGCUGAUGCUGCGCGAAAGCGAUUAGCUGAGGAAGAGAGACUCAAGGAAAAUGCCGAGAAAGAGGCUGAGAGGGAGGCCGAGAGGGAGGCCAGAGCAGCUGAAGCGAAGCUGAAAAGAGAUCAUUUGCUUACGGAGGAAGCCCGGAGACAAACGGAAGCAACUGAAAAGGCCGAGGCCGAGGAACGCGAACAAGCCAAGAGACGAGAGGCAGAAGUGACAGUAAAGGCAGAAGCUGUUAAACGCGAAGAAGCCGCCAAUAGCGAGAAAGAGGCCAGGGAUAUCAAAGAUACAGAAGUAGCUAGCACCCGCAAGAGGUCUACGUCUGCCAUAAGCCCAGGAGGGAUGCUUGGUAGGGCUGUAGCGAACUUCAAUUCCAAGACAGCGAGCACUAGCCCUGGUGCAAAUGUGGUCGAUAAGCCGCCACCUCCAGCAGCUGCCCGCGGCCGUCAAUCAACUUCGCCAGCACUCACUCGAAAGAGAUCUGAAGAUAUCAAACCUGCACCAAUCCUACCCCGUCACGGAUCUAGUGACAUCCGACCGGCCCCGUCUGUGGAGCCGGGUUCGGCUGCUCGACGUGUUUCCUGCGCAGAGCCAUCGCCGUCCGUGGCUGGGAAGACGUCGAGCAGGGCCACACAGUCCCCGGCUCCAAUUCAAACCCCUAAGUCUGUGAAUGGGAUCCAGAGCUCGGGCGGGAGCUUCCGUCAAACGAAACUUGUACCAACAGGAACUGGAGCCAAGUCAGUUACGCCCAAGGUGCCCACACCUUCGAGUUCGCAAGCGCCAACGUCCGGGCAACAAGUUAAAUCAACGCCAACUCCAACGCCGAAAACCCGAGCAGACAUCACUGCUGCGCUGCUCAAUACUAUCAAUAAAGGGAGCUCAUCAGCAGUGAAGGAGGUAGCGGCCUCAAAACCAAAUGCCAUCGCCAUCUCCUCUGAUGAGGAAAGCAGCGAUGACGAAAGCGUAGGCGAACUAGAGUUACCACCAUUGCCUCCGCCUUCAUCUCAUUCAGUUGCACCGAGCCAGCUCGUAGCAAGCGGUGACAAUGCUAAUGACACGGCUUCCAAUACUUCCCGUUCCGCAUCCGUGUCGACAAACAGGUCGCAACGUGAGAGCCGCUCACCCGUACGAUUUGUCAACUCUAGCUUCCAUUCCAACGCAGCCUUCUCCUCUACUCAGUCAUUCGAUGGGUCCCGCCGCGGACAACAAGGCCACUCAAAUGGGAGCGAGACAUCCGAUAAAAGCACUUCUGGAGACUCAGCUUCAGAAGACGAAGCGUCUGGGUCGGAACUCUCAUCAACGAAAUCCAAGCCUAUCAUCCCUCAAAGCGCCGCAUCUAAGCGCAUUCUCCCACCGUCAUCGAGGCUUUCACGCCUCCGCGAUGGUUCCGCAACCCCUACACCUCAAAACGUUGGCGCUAGAAAGUUCAGCACUGGAAGCGACGCAGAAACAUCAGUCCAAAAGCUGCUGGACAGUCAGUUGACAGAAGAGUCGGCAGCAAGCUCUGCACCAGCCAGGGCCCAAGCGUCCCCAGAACUCAGCGGCAGGAAUUCCUCUACGCCAGUGCCAAGGCCAAAACUCACCAACGGCAACGCCUCAGAUAGGGGAACACCACGCACGUCCAAGAGACCGGCGGGAAUGGCCAGCAUGCCGUCCUUGAAACUACGAGCAGAAGCCGCCUUGGAGGAAAGUCAAAAGCGUGCUGAGAAAGCCCGCCAGCAGGGCGAGGCCAAAGCAAAGGCCCUCAAAGACGCCGAGGUACCGGAGUUCGCCGGCGCAGAAAGCACGGAAGAGUCGGAGGCCGAGUCGUCCUCCAACGACAAUUCCGACUCGGAUGACGGAGACGAGAGUAACUUGGAGGCCGGGUCGCCUGAUGACGUCGAGAUGGGCGGGAUGGGGACACCGAAGGCCCAGAAGCCAAAGGCCAAGGUGAACUUCUUGGGAUUGAGCAAGAAGUUUAGCAAGGGGUUAGCAGGGCGCCGCUAGGUUCACGGAGUGCCUGUGGCGGGUGCAUUUUGUAUUUAUGAUUGGUACUGUUUAAUGUUUAGACAGUUCUCCCAAAGGGUCAAAGCCGAUUUUCUGUAUGCGAGGGUCGGGUUGACGGAAUCUGAACCAAGGGUUGGCGAGAAGGGUCCGUCUGUGCUGCCGGAGAGGGGAGUGAGACAUGUAUUACAUAUCAUAGUGUAUUGGAACCAAAGCGGGCCCGGGCUAUCGAAUACCAAGCAGGAUGUCAUUGAUGAUGAGCGACCGGUAUGAUGGAUGUGCCGUCAUAUGGCUGCGCUAUGGAAUGCAGGAUGAGAUGAGUGGACCAACGGCACACGGAGUAGACAGAAAGGAGAUGCAAAGAACUCCAAAGAAAUGCAACGCAAAUCCCCGCCAGGGACACCUUUUCCUUCGUCGAGCCCUGCAUGCGCGAGGAUAUCGUGCAUCUCACAUCCAAAUCCAUCACAUCUCACUAGUUGGGGAAUAAAUUCCACCCACGGCCCUGUUCAAAUAAUAGACCGUGCUUUCAGGGUGUAAAGAAUUUCCAUUAAUGCUAACCACCAAAACCUAAUAUAAUACAGUGCUCUUACUAAUCGUCGUGACCAAACUUUUCGCUUCGCUCAAGGUUGGAGUAAGCAAUACGCGGCUGCCCAACCCGAGAGGAAGCAAUAUGCGGCUCGUCGGAACGUGCGUCUGUUCACCGCCACUCCUCAACAAAACCUCCA